AUGAAUUUGAUCACAAUCUUAACGUUAUUUAGUUAUUUCUUUGCCGCAGUAAUCGCCCAAGUUCCUAUAUACACUUUUCCAGUUAAUACUUACAAUUAUUAUGUUAGCGGUGGAAAUGGAGUACAACUUUUUGUAGAAGAAAAAGGGAAUCCUGAGAUGACUACAAUCGUGUUCACAAGUGGGUAUUUUGGAACGCAUAAUAGCUGGGAGCCACAAUGGACUGAUUCAUCCCUUAGCAAGAAAUUUCAUCUCGUUAGGUGGGAUUGCCGAGGGCUUGGCAAAAGCGGUAAACCAAACGAAUACUCUCUCAAAUUACACAGUGAUGACCUUGCAGCCGUAGUAGCUAAAGUUAAAUCGAAUAAAUCGAACAAGAAGAUCGUCUUGGUUGGCUGGUCUUAUGGGUCACUAAUUACUCUCACAUUUAUGCAAAAUUAUCCUGAUAUUGAAGUAAAUGGAUUUAUUUCGGUUGGAGGACUCGUUAAUUUCAAAUUCGAGCCGUCAAAAGAAUUCGCGAGUAUUACAACUACAUUGAUGAAUAGUGAUGAUUUCGCAACAAUUGUUUCCGUAUUUACUACAAUUUUUGAGAAUAUUUCCGCUAAACCUCUUUCUGAUGAACUCAAAUCUUUUAUGCUCGGCACCACCGUUCUAGUUUCUAACGGAUAUCGCAAAACUAGCAUUUUUGAUCCAACAGUUGAUUUAAGUAAUUUCUUUAGUAACCUAAACAUUCCAACCUUAAAUAUCAUUGGCGCACAAGAUCGUAAUGUACCGCUUAAUUAUAGUUUAUAUUACGCAGGUCUCGCUAAACGUGAAAACAAAAUUAUUUACGAAGAAUGUGGACAUCUCCCUCAAUGGGAAGUUACAAAGGAAUUUAAUUACGACAUCUCGAAAUUCGUGUCCAAU